GCCAUAAACUCUGAUUUGUUAUCCGGUUUGCUGUUAUGGCUGCGCCCAUGAUCGCUGAGUGGAGCUGGUUUGUGGCAUUAGCUUUUGGAGUUUCUUUCAUCAAAUGUCUACUAUUAAACGCCUACCACUCUACAGAUUUUGAAGUUCAUCGAAACUGGCUUGCUGUCACUCACUCUCUGCCAGUGUCCCAAUGGUACUAUGAGUCAACAUCUGAGUGGACCCUGGACUAUCCUCCCUUCUUCGCUUGGUUUGAAUAUGGACUGUCACAUGUCGCCAAGUACUUUGAUAAGGAGAUGUUGGUGGUGCAGAAUCUGAAUUAUGCCAGCCCUGCUACAGUUCUGUUCCAGAGGCUGUCCGUCAUCUUCACCGAUCUGGUCUUCAUUUAUGCAGUUAAAGAAUGUUGCAAAUGUUGCCGGGAAGAUAAAGGAAAGGAUCUGUUGGGAAAGUCAUCUUUCAUUCUGGCUACGUUGCUGUUGUGGAACUUUGGCCUUCUUAUUGUUGACCACAUUCAUUUCCAGUACAAUGGCUUCCUCUUUGGUGUACUGCUUCUGUCGGUUGCACGGCAUUUUCAGAAACGACACUUGGAAGGUGCGCUGCUGUUUGCCGUCCUCCUAAACCUGAAGCAUAUAUACCUGUACGUUGCACCGGCCUAUGGAAUCUUCUUGCUGAGAUGUUUCUGCUUCACUCAGAAUAAUGCAGAUGGUUCGCUGCAGUGGAGGAGUUUCAGCCCUUUGCGGUUAGUAGCACUUGGGUUGAUUGUUUUGUCCACAUUUGCAGUGUCUUUUGGACCCUUCAUUGUAAAGGGGCAGCUUCAGCAAGUCAUUUCCAGACUGUUCCCAUUCAAACGUGGGCUUUGCCAUGCCUAUUGGGCCCCCAAUAUCUGGGCUCUUUACAACAUCGCAGACAAAGCUCUUUCCAUUUUGGGUGUUAAACUCAAGCUGCUUGACAUGAGCAAGUUUUCCAAAGCCUCGAUGACUGGAGGUCUGGUUCAGGAGUUCCAGCACUCUGUUCUUCCAUCUGUGUCUCCUUUAAUAACACUUAUUUGUACAUUGCUUUCAAUAUUGCCUGCGGUCUUCAGUAUAUGGCGGAGACCUAAUGGAGCUAGAGGUUUCCUGCGCUGUAUGGUUAUCUGUGCUCUUGGUUCAUUCUUGUUUGGGUGGCAUGUCCACGAAAAAGCUAUAUUGAUGGCAAUUCUUCCUUUAAGUUUGCUUGCAGUUGAGAGCAAAGAAGAUGCCAGAACAUUUCUGAUCCUCAGCACAACCGGCCACUUCUCCCUGUUUCCACUGCUCUUCACAGCUCAGGAGCUGCCUAUCAAAAUUCUCCUGAUGUUGCUGUUUACGAUCUUCAGUUUCAGCUCUCUGACAAAGCUUUUCAGUAAAUCUGGCCCAUUGCUGAAUUCAGUGGAAGUGGCGUAUCUUCUGGGUCUGGUUCCUCUGGAGCUCAUCUGUGAAUUUGUCUACCCGCUCACUUCCUGGCAGCACACCCUGCCCUUCAUCCCCCUGCUGCUCACCUCUGUUUACUGUGCACUAGGUGUGCUUUACUCCUUUAUCAGACUCUACCUCUCAGUGCUGACUGCUCCGAGCACCACGGGCAAGGCUAAAUCUCAGUAGGUCAUGGAGGCUGAAGGUUACAUGGAAUGACAUCUGUAGGAAUUUGAGUAAAUUUGCGUGAAAUAUUGAGACCAAAUAUUUGAACCUGUUGGGGAAAAGGGUAAAUGUUGGAAUGCAAUAGAUUCUUGGUGGUUUUUGGUGGUGCAGAGUACUUUUGUACUGUAUGUAGUUUUUUUAAUUAAAGGAUAAUUUUUUUAAAAACA